AUGAAGAUGGCUCUUCCCUCUGCUGCAUCGAAUACUCAAUACUUGUUCUACAGUAAUUCAUCGGAAAACCCUACGGUCUCCACGAAUCUGUGUUUGUCGUCUUGUGAAAACUCUAAGAAGAGGAACCCUGAUGAUUCAGCCAUGGUUUCUUGGACACCAAGCGAAAACAGAUUAACUAAAGAAGAAAGAAAGAUUAAGCAAUUGAGGGACCUCACGAUCACGAAUGAAGAAAGGGCAAAGGACGAAUGGUACGGUGUGUCAACAGAACUGGCACUAUUCAAAGAUCCGUGGAUCAUCAAGAAGGUAUUAACCCCUAGCGAUCUUGGCCAGCUUAGCGGUCUUCUUCUUCACACUGUCCCCAUUGAGGACCACAUCAUCAAAUAUCUCAACAAGGGUGACAAGAUUAACGUGCAGGAAGGGUUAGGAAUCACGGUCGAUGUGUAUGACCACGACACUGACUCUACGUACGAGCUGCUUCUAAAGAGAUGGACCACGUUGCAUAGUUAUGUUUUAAACGGUGGAUGGCGUAUGUAUUUUGUCCGUAGGAGAGGUUUGAGACAAGGAGACGAAAUUGGAUUAUUUUGGGAUCGUUUUGCUUCGAGGCUCCACUUUCGUGUGCUUUCUCGUGCAGCUACAUAA